CUCGCAAGCCUCCCCUUCCUUCCCAUCCCGCUCUUCUCUCUCUUUCCCUCCCAUUCUCCUCCUCCACCACCCUCUCCCCCUCCUGAUCUCCUCUUCCUGCUCUUCCCGGCCCGUCGUAUGCCGUGCAUGAGGCCGGCAAUCACACUCGCCUAAAGCUUCCGCCAUCCCCAUGUCGUCAGCCGUCGUCCCCCGGGCGCUGUCUGCCGAUCAGUUUAUGCUGCUCGAGCAGCUAGGCAAUGGCAGCUUCGGCGUUGUCUACCGGGCCAUAUACAAGGAGACAGGCGAUAUCGUCGCAAUAAAACAAAUCGAUCUCGAAUCCAGUGAAGAUGAUAUCGCAGAAAUACAAAUGGAGAUCGCGCUGCUCAGCGGUUGCGACAGCAAUCAUGUUACAAAAUACUACGGCUGCUUUGUUAACCGAUACAAGCUUUGGAUCGUCAUGGAGUAUCUCGCCGGUGGAUCCGCCUUGGACCUACUCAAACCCGGCCCUUUUACAGAGCAGCAAAUUGCCAUCGUUUGCAAGGAACUGUUGAUCGGUCUCGCAUAUUUGCAUAGCAACGGAAAGAUCCAUCGAGAUAUAAAAGCCGCGAAUAUCCUACUUUCGUCCGACGGCGAUGUGAAACUAGCCGACUUCGGCGUCGCCGCUCAAUUAUCGAAUAAUCUAUCACGAAGAAAUACCUUUGUGGGCACGCCCUUUUGGAUGGCCCCGGAGGUGAUCAGACAGGAAGCCUAUGAUUUCAAGGCUGAUAUCUGGUCACUCGGCAUCACUGCUAUCGAACUCGCCCGAGGAGAACCACCGCUGUCCGAGUACCAUCCUAUGAAGGUUCUGUUUCUGAUUCCGAAAGCGCAGCCACCUGUACUGGAGGGAAAAUUUAGCAAGGAGUUUAAAGAUUUCGUAGCUCAGUGCUUGAUCAAAGACCAUACACGACGACCGUCAGCAAAACAACUGCUCAGACACAAGUUUUUUAGAAAUGUCGGCAACCCAAUUGAUCUCCGAGCGCUUAUAAAUCGCAAAGAAGUGUGGGAGGGACGAAGAGUAGACCGUCCAAAGCCCAAGCUUUACGAAGAGACAAUAGGAACAAUUAGCUCGUUGGUAGACGGAACCGUCGACGAGUGGUCGUUCACGGUAGAUAAGCCGCCUCAGCAGGCAGUGCAAGUGUCGGAGAACGAGAUCACGGACGAGAUUUCGAUAGAAAAGGUCGCGCGGCAGAAUCCGUCGCUGUAUCGUCGCGACCGGGCUCACACGCAAAACUCUUCGCAGAGAUCGGUCGGUGCGGCAGCUAGUAUUUCCGAACAGCUGGGUCGGAUGAGCGUCUCAUCGUCUAAUUCUGAUGAAGACCGACAUCGUACUAUCCGAGCUAGAAGCAGUCAUAAGGAUUCCCGGAGAUCCAUACUUCAGUCUUCUAUGCGCAUAGAUUCGGAUCGACAACGUACGCUCAAACCACGACAGCACCUGCGAGAAGCACCGAAUGCUGCAAAUGUCCUGUCAAAUGAAGUAUCGUCAGCGCUACGGGACAAGCCAAGCGAGGAGAAUGCACCACUUCCCGUUCUUGCCCUGUCGGACAAGGCCAGAUACGGAAGGCUAUUGUUUUCAGAGGCUGUUGAAGGCGUGGUCGAGAAGAUCGAGCUGAAGCCCGGCGUGAGCGCAGCCGAGCUCGAUGCGGCAAACAAGUUCUCGAGUGCGUGGAAAGCUUUGGACGCUUGUGAUCCCGAGGCGGAGUUCUGGAUUAUGAAGACUAUAAUCUCGAAAAUUCAGGCCCAUGAGCAGUUGAGUUCUGUAUUUGUCGAACCGAAAGAGCAGCAUGAUGAUAGUGUCAAGAGCUCGACACGAACGAGUAGGUCAUCGAGCGUGGCGUCCUCGAAUUCGUCUAGUUCUCAGGGGAAGGAAUCCGGAGUGCAAAAGACGCUGCCGAUCAUUCCAAAGAGGUCGCAGAUCGAGCAGCUGCUUUACGCUAGAUGGCUGGAAGGGUUGCGCGAGCGUUGGCCCGAAGUCUAGAAGUUCAAUUUUGCUAUAGUGACAUGAUUGUGGCACUUUGGCACUGAAUUCGUUUCUGUUUUUGUUUUUGUUUGUUUUGUUUUGUUUUGUUUUCAUGAUAUGUCAUGUUUGCUUUUCCAACGUCAUAUGGCUAAAGGUACUAGCCAUUUAUAUGAAAGGAAGGUAAGGUGUUCUGGUCCAGGUCCAAAGGCGCAUGCUACCAGGAUUUUUUACUCUAUAUGAGGAAUCUGAUUUAUGUUUUGUAUGUGAAUGAGUCGAGCCGCGAUUUAUUCCCUAGCCUCCCGUCUGAUUUAAGAAGAAGGGCGGAGAGGGGAGCGCGCGAAAAUGAUUAAAGGUGUAGCACGUUGCUACUAUGAUUGCAAAUCCUGCAUCAAUGGUUUGAUUUUUUAUGUUUUAUUUUAUAUUUGGUUCUUGUAAGUAGUUUUCUGAACAAUUUCUCUUUUUCGUCGUUUAUAUGA